AUGGAUUACAAUCCAUAUCCAAAUUAUGUUGAUCUUCUUAAUAGUCAACAUGAAAGUGUCAUUGGUUUAGACUCUCCGACACAUCCCAAAGUUUCAAGCUUUGGUGACACGCCUGCAGAGCGUCGAGAGCAAAGGACGUGGACGCCCACUGAUGACAUAGUGCUCAAGGAUCCCGUAGUGGGGAAUGAGCAAAAGUCAGGUACGUUCUGGAACAGAAUCACAGCCUUUUUUGCUGCUAGUCCGAAGCUCGCAGGGUGUGAAAAAAGGGAAGCAGGGCACUGUAAGCAACGCUGGCACAAGAUCAAUGAUCUUGUGUGCAAGUUCUGUGGAGCAUAUGAGGCUGCAGCUAGAGAGAAAACUAGCGGCUAA